CACAGUAAGCCGUGAGACAGCUACAGCUAGAAAUUUAAUCAAGUCAUCCUAACAACCAGCAAAAGUAAAAUAAAUAACACUGUUUGAAAAUGGAAACUCUUCUUGGUAUUAAGGGACCUGAUUUUGUUAUGCUAGCAGCAGACACAACUCACGCAAAUUCUGUAAUAGUGAUGAAAGAAGAUGAGAACAAGAUCCAUAAGGUUGCGGAUAACUUGUUGAUUUCAACAGUUGGCGAAUCUGGCGACACUGAACAAUUUACCGAGUUCAUUGCCAAGAACAUUGCACUGUACAAGAUGCGCAAUGGUUACGACCUAAGUCCUCGUUCUGCGGCACAUUUUACGCGCAAGAAUUUGGCCGAAAGUCUUCGCAGUCGCACAAGAUACCAAGUGUUUAUGUUUGUCGCUGGUUACGACCCUGUCGAAGGCCCCGAGCUGACUUUCAUUGAUUAUCUGGCGUCUGCUCAGUCCCUAAAUUAUGCCGGUCAUGGCUACGGCAGCAUGUUCUGCUCCAGCAUAUUCGAUCGCUAUUGGCAUCCUAACAUCUCACAGGAGGAGGCAUAUGAUGUGCUGAAGAAGUGUGUUUUGGAAAUUCAGAAGCGUUUGAUUGUAAACUUGAAGAACUUCAGUGUUGCGGUCGUCGAUAGCUCCGGCGUGCGCCAAUUGGAUCCAAUCAGCGCCAAGAGUUUGGCUGAUUAUAAUGCCGCUAGUUAAGAGUUUAACCAUUGAUCUAAUUUUAUAGCAUUUUAAAUGCAGCAUUGCGAUGAAAUAAAACUAAAUAUAUGGAUUUUUGGUAUAACAAAA